AUGAAUGGCUUUGGAGAUCGACCAAAGAUGUGGAGUGACAACACAACUCCAUCAGGAACAAAUGACAAGGAGGCUGCUUUCAAGGACUUGAGCUCGUCCAUGAAUGCUCUCUCCUUUGGCUUCAUUGCAACAGCAAUCUUGGUAUCCAUGUUCCUCGUCAUGGCGAUCUUCGAGCAUUUACUCAGAUCAAGGGCCUCUCACCCACCAUCUCAAACCAAUGCUCAUGGACACCUGGAGAUGCGCCAAGAACAGGAUCAGAUGCCUCCAAAGAUGAUCAAGAACUGGCAAAAUGUGGCAACUUCAAGCACAGUUGACUUCUCAGUCUUGAUGCCAGGGCAACUGUAUCCAACAUACCUUGCUCAACCGGCUCCUCUCCCAUGCCCAAGAGAAGGGAUCAUUUGGCCUUCUCAUGACCACCAUGCCUUCGCUUCUCCCUAG